CCCUGACCCAUAAGGGGUGGUAGGUCCAACCAGCUGAGCUCGCAGUCCAUCGACUCACCCAGGCCAGAGCAGCAAAACUGCGGCGGUUGGUGACGCGGUCAUCCUCCCUCCUCCUCCCGCCUCUCUUCGGGGUGGCGCUCGCUGGUGACGUUGGGGCUAUCAUGGCCGCCGCGAGGCCGGGAAGGUGAAGUUGGAAUUGGUGGAGUCAGCACAAUCAGUAGCCAACCUCAACCUGAGACAGGACAGAAGAGAGAACUCAAAAUCUUUUCAUCUUUUUGCCUCCAGCGAUGUCCAUGAUGCCCACCCUGUGAAGGUCUCUCACCAUCCAAAAACCUCUCUGUUCCAGUUGUGCCAGCAGACGAUCCGUGGAUUCAUUUUAUUUUCCGUGCUAGGAGUUGCUCUGCAUAAACCCGGCGCAAUGUCACUGUUCUUCUCUCGAUGCAACUCCGUUGUCACAGUCAAGAAAGAUAAGAGACACAUGGCUGAGGUGAAUGCUUCCCCACUCAAGCACUUUGUCACUGCCAAGAAGAAGAUCAAUGGCAUUUUUGAGCAGCUGGGGGCCUAUAUCCAAGAGAGCGCCACCUUCCUCGAAGACACCUACAGGAAUGCAGAACUGGACCCUGUUACAACAGAAGAACAGGUUCUGGACGUCAAAGGUUACCUGUCCAAAGUAAGAGGCAUCAGUGAGGUGCUGGCCCGGCGGCACAUGAAAGUAGCCUUUUUUGGCCGGACAAGCAAUGGGAAGAGCACCGUGAUCAAUGCCAUGCUCUGGGACAAAGUUCUGCCCUCUGGGAUUGGCCAUACCACCAAUUGCUUCCUGCGGGUAGAGGGCACAGAUGGCCACGAGGCCUUCCUCCUCACGGAGGGCUCAGAGGAGAAGAGAAGCAUCAAGACUGUGAACCAGCUGGCCCAUGCCCUCCACCAGGAUGAGCAGCUGCAUGCCGGCAGCCUGGUGAGUGUGAUGUGGCCCAACUCCAAGUGCCCACUGCUGAAGGAUGACCUCGUGCUGAUGGACAGCCCUGGUAUUGAUGUCACCACAGAGCUGGACAGUUGGAUUGACAAAUUUUGCCUGGACGCUGAUGUGUUCGUGCUGGUGGCCAACUCGGAGUCGACGCUGAUGCAGACGGAAAAGCAAUUCUUCCACAAGGUGAGCGAGCGCCUGUCCCGCCCCAACAUCUUCAUCUUGAACAACCGCUGGGAUGCAUCUGCCUCGGAGCCUGAGUACAUGGAGGAGGUGAGGCGGCAGCACAUGGAGCGUUGUACCAGCUUCCUGGUGGAUGAGCUGGGCGUGGUGGAUCGAAGCCAGGCUGGAGACCGCAUCUUUUUUGUGUCUGCCAAGGAGGCGCUUAACGCCAGGAUCCAGAAGGCCCAGGGCAUGCCCGAAGGAGGGGGCGCUCUUGCAGAAGGCUUUCAAGUGAGGAUGCUUGAGUUUCAGAAUUUUGAGAGGAGAUUUGAGGAGUGCAUCUCCCAGUCUGCGGUAAAGACCAAAUUUGAGCAGCACACCGUCCGGGCCAAGCAGAUCGCAGAGGCAGUCCGCCUCAUCAUGGACUCUCUGCACAUCGCGGCUCAGGAGCAGCGGGUUUACUGCCUGGAGACGCGUGAAGAACGGCAAGAGAGGCUGAGAUUUAUCGAUAAACAGCUGGAGCUCUUGGCGCAAGAUUACAAACUGCGAAUUAAGCAGAUUACGGAAGAAGUCGAAAGGCAGGUGUCGACAGCGAUGGCUGAGGAGAUCAGGCGCCUCUCUGUGCUGGUGGAUGAGUACCAGAUGGACUUCCACCCUUCUCCAGUAGUCCUCAAGGUUUACAAGAACGAACUGCACCGCCAUAUAGAGGAAGGACUGGGCCGAAAUAUGUCCGACCGCUGCUCCACAGCCAUCACCAGCUCUCUGCAAACCAUGCAGCAGGAGAUGAUAGACGGCUUGAAACCCCUCCUUCCGGCGUCUGUGCGGAGUCAGAUGGACGUGCUGGUCCCUCGGCAGUGCUUCUCCCUUAGCUACGACCUGAACUGUGACAAGUUGUGUGCUGACUUUCAGGAGGACAUUGAGUUCCAUUUUUCUCUCGGGUGGACCAUGCUGGUCAAUAGGUUCCUGGGCCCCAAGAAUAGCCGCCGGGCCUUGAUGGGCUACAAUGACCAGGUUCAGCGUCCUGUCCCUCUGACACCAGCCAACCCCAGCAUGCCACCCCUGCCUCAGGGCUCCCUCACCCAAGAAGAACUCAUGGUUUCCAUGGUCACUGGCCUGGCCUCCCUGACGUCUAGGACCUCCAUGGGCAUUCUCGUUGUUGGAGGAGUGGUGUGGAAGGCGGUAGGCUGGCGCCUCAUCGCCCUCUCCUUCGGGCUCUAUGGCCUCCUUUAUGUCUACGAGCGGCUGACCUGGACCACCAAGGCCAAGGAGAGGGCCUUCAAACGCCAGUUUGUAGAAUAUGCCAGUGAGAAGCUUCAGCUCAUCAUCAGCUACACUGGCUCCAACUGCAGCCACCAAGUCCAGCAGGAACUGUCUGGGACUUUUGCUCAUUUGUGCCAGCAAGUCGAUGUCACCCGGGAGAACCUGGAGCAGGAAAUUGCUGCUAUGAAUGAGAAAAUUGAAGUUCUUGACUCACUUCAGAGCAAAGCGAAGUUGCUCAGGAAUAAAGGGGGCUGGAUGGACAGUGAACUCAACAUGUUCAUGCACCAGUACCUGCAGCCCAGCAGAUAGUGGGCAGCCUGGAGCCAGAGCCUGCCUGGAGAAGGGGCGGUGCUGCCAGCCGCGUGGGACUCCGCCAGGGCCACGUGCAGCUCCCGUCCGUUGCUGCCGCUGUGAGAAUGAAAGCACCCACUGUCUCGUACCGUUUUGAGCCCUUCAGCACUAGUUACUUUCCCCCCUCCUCCUGCAGGAAGAUUUUCGGCUCGUGUCCCUAAAGGAGACUUUUUUUUUUUCCUAACGACAGCUGUGGACAGCAUGGUACCGAGGAGUUAAGUCUUCUCUUUGCUUUGUCAGGUUCACUUGAUAGUCAUUUGAGUGCUCGAUAAGGCCUUGGAUCUCCUAGCACUGCGGAAUGCCUGCCAGAAGCCUCUCAGGGUACGAGGCAGGCAGCUUCCCCUGCGGCCAACACGAAUCCGGACCCGAGCACGUGUGUGUGCCUCGUGCCCCAGCACACCUGCCAGAAGGGCCACCUUCGGGGAUGGUUGGGUUUUCUUCCCAGAUUGUAUCAGCAGUAGUUCCAUCCCAGAAUGUCUUGUGGCUUGUGUCUCCGGUCCUUCAGCUUUCCUGCUUUGUCCCACGUGCAGAGCCUUUCAGACACGUCUGGGGGCUCAGUACGGACACUUUGGGUUAUAGGUGAGGUGGGCCCUGUGCCGCGAGAGGGAGGAAAGAUGCUGCAGAGGCAACUGGAGCAGUGAGAAGAGCUGAGGGGAGCUGGCGUGCAGGGGUUGUGUCCCUGUCCCAUGCCUGUGCUGUCCGAGGGGCAGCUGUUACCAUGACGACGAGGGAGGUCCCUCCCUUCUCUUCAUUGUGUCCCUUGUUCUAGUUUCGGUCCUUGGCUUGUGUAGUUUGGUUUUAUUAUUGGUGAAGGACGGCUCGGUCCAGGUUGUUAAAGAAUGUAGUAGAAGGAAAGAUGAGGAAGGAAGGGGACUUUGGCAGCAGGCUGAGGAGUGGGCCCCACUCAGGAUGGCUGGAGAAUGCGGAGUUGACGCAGACCUGUGCCCUGCACGUGACCUCUCUGAGGGGCUCGGGAGCUCUGAGAACGCACCCCACUAGUUCGAUUGCAUCCUUGCUACGCCCCUUAAGAGACAUGUCCCCACCCCCACCUCAGCUGAAGCUGCCCUUGGCCACCAGUCCUUUGGACUAAGCCUGUAGUGCUAGUGAUGCUGCAGUUUGUCAAGAGACAAUGUGGGAACCCCAGGACCCGACCUCCCACCUUCCCCAAUCUCCAGAGCCUCUGACUGGUACCCAUGUGGCCUCCUGUUGACUUUCAGAACUGUUUCCUGUGGUUGAUUUGAGGGAUCGUUACUGGUUGAAGUGGAGGAAGGUUCCUGUCUCCAGUGUUAACUGGGGCGUGCAGCUUUUGGGUGGCAGCCUUUGCAGUGCAAGUCAGAGAACAUGCUAGAUCCCAGCAGCACCUCUCCCAGAAAGGUGGGGCUCAGAGCUGGGGUUUAUCCUGCUCUAUUGAAUCCACCGCUCUCCGGCUUCGGGGAUGUGAGUUGGUGGCCUCUGCUCUCUAGCGGGUGGCUGCGUAGGUGCAUCCUCUCCCGGUACCUGCUGGUUCUCCAAACCCUCAGUCUGCCCUGUUUUUUGGAACAAAAUGAUGGACUUUGCCAGGGCUGGCAUGCAGUUGGAUGACUUUCUGAGCAGUUUACCAGGCCUGGGAGGUGGUCACCUCACAGUGUGCCAGAGAAGUCAGUGUCACACAAUUCCAAUGAAUUUUGUGCUUUUGAGGGGAAAAAAUCAUUUAGAAUAACUGAACAUGAAUUUUUUUGAUUGUAGCUCCUGGGCAAUGAAUGAAAUUUUGAGCUUCUUAUGCAAUAAGUAGGAUGCAAUGUAUACCACUGAGAGAGAGACUCUUUCUGAAAGAGCUGUGGCAGAAAACACUUUUAUUUAAUGCUGCUGACUUUGUUCUCUGUUUUUAUGUUCACUUGCUGGAGAGCAAGACACGCUUGACACAGCAAGUUUUUUCUCUGAUGUAUUUAAGGUGAUGUAUUUGCCUGAAUUACUCCUGUAUCAUUGCCGAUAAUAUUGGAAACUAAAAUAAAACUAGUUGGAAACCCUU